AUGUCAAGUUCAGAUCCAGAUAGAGUUCCACUUCUACUGUCGAAAAUACCCGAAAAUCCAAUCAUAUUACCAUCUACUAAUACACAAGAACGACAAUUACCGCGUACCACCCCACCACCGAGUGGAGGAGUAGGAGUAGGAGUGGGAGGAACAGCAGGAUCAAAUCAACCUGGGCCAUCGCCCACGGGAUCAGUGAAAUCCAAUUCCAAAAUGGUUAAAUCUAGUAAAAUUGGUUUGCAGAGAACAAGUAGAACAUCACAAAAACUUAAAUUGUUACCGGAAGACCCUGAUCUUGAUAAUUCAACUCUUGAUGAUGACGAUGAGGAAGAUGAUGAUAAACCCACGAGAGUUUAUUCACAAGUUAAGAAGAUCACUGAUACAACUGCGCGUAAAGAUGCUGAGACAUUAAACAAACUGCAUAGAGAUUUAUUGCCUCGUGUUACUGCUUAUUGUACUUGUGGAUCAUACAAGAUGAAGGAAUUAUUAAGAUGGUUGAAGGAUAAGAAGAAAAUUCAUAAUACUAGUCCUAAAAUGUUUGACGAAUGUAUAUAUACUCCAUUCACAUAUAAAGAUUGGCGACAUGGCAGUAGUAAUAGUAGUGGAUCUGCUAGUACUAGCACCGACGAAGAAGACAAGAGGAAACUCAUCAGAUUAGCAGAUGAAGGGGGAGAAAUUGAUAUUGGUAAGAAGAAUGAUAUUUUUGUAUUCGAAUUUGGAGUUGUUAUAAUGUGGGGUUAUACAUUAAAAGAAGAAGCAGCAUUCUUAGAUGAUUUGGAAAGAUUUGAAAAUGAAAAGUUAUCAGAAGAGGAUAUUCAAAUUGAAGAAUUCAACUAUUAUAUUACCAAAUCGUACCAGCCAAGAAUUUAUAAUGAUUUUAUUACAUUAAGAGAUGAUGAUAAUUAUAUGUUGAAAUUGUCGAUUUCGCAUGGAUUGGCGCAAUCAGUUAAGAUUUCGUUGUUUGAAGAAUUGGUGGAUAAUACAAUUGAAGAUACUCAAGAUAUUCCUCAACAAAUUGCUCAAACGGGUAAAGUUGAAAUGACCAGGGAAGAAAUCAUGAAAUCAGUUGGGGAAUUAUUUAUUUUGAGAAUAAAUAUUAAUUUACAUGGAUCAGUAUUGGAUUCUCCAGAGUUAAUGUGGUCUGAGCCACAUUUAGAGCCGAUUUAUCAAGCGAUGAGGGGGUAUUUAGAAAUUAAUCAACGUGUUGAAUUAUUGAAUCAAAGAUUGGAAGUCAUAUCUGAUUUAUUGCUGAUGUUGAAAGAACAAUUAGGGCAUUCACAUGAAGAAAAUUUGGAAUUCAUAGUGGUUGUUCUUGUUGGUAUUCAAGUAUUGGUAAGUGUUGUUAAUAUAGUUGUGGAUAUUUUGACAUAUUGA